UGCCGCUGACGCUCUGGGUGGAAACCUGGACGUGUAGCAGUGUCGCUUUUCUUCUCACCCAGCAGCUGCCUUUUGUCCUCACCAGAGCCAGAGCAUUAUGGAGUUACACGAGGAGUUCCAGAGCGCAGGGAAGACGCCCGGCCUUCAGGUGUGGCGGAUUGAGAAAAUGGACUUGGCACCCAUCCCUCCUCAGAUCCACGGAGACUUCUACACUGGAGACUCCUACAUAGUGCUCCAUACCACCCCUGCGCCGUCUUACAACAUACACUCCUGGCUUGGUGAAGAAGCUUCCCCGGAUGAGAGAGGGUGUGCUGCCAUCUUUAUGACCCAACUGGACACCUUCAUGAAUGGAGCCCCGAUUCAGUACACUGAGUUUCAAAACGAAGAGUCCAACAUUUUUCUCGACUACUUUAAGAGUGGCAUCAAAUACAAGGCGGGUGGUGUAGCCUCAGGCUUCAGUCACGUGGAGACCAAUGAAUCAAAUGUCAAACGCCUGCUGCGCGUUAGAGGCCGUCGGAGAGUCCGAGCCACCGAGAUGCCAUUGUCCUGGGACAGCUUCAACAAAGGAGACUGCUUCAUCAUCGACCUGGGAGAGUUAAUCUACCACUGGUCUGGCAGUGAGUCCAAUAUGUUUGAGCGCCUGAAGACCACUGAGCUGGCCAUCGCAAUCCGCGACAACGAGCGACAUGGUCGUGCUGAAGUAGAGAUGAUUGACGAAGGCUCCGAGCCAGAUGAUGUUAUCGAAGUGCUUGGACCCAAGCCCGAUCUCCCUGCAGAAGGCGCCGACAGUGAUCAACACGCCGAUGAGCGGCACAAGAACAUGGCAUCUCUCCAUCUGAUUUCCGAUGCUGCCGGCUCCAUGACGAGCAGUGUGGUGGCGGAUAAAAACCCAUUCCAGCAAGACAUGCUCUGCAACAGUGAAUGCUACAUCUUGGACAACGGAGGAAGCAAAAAGAUAUUUGUCUGGAAAGGUGGCGAUGCAAAUGAAGCCGAGCGCAGUGCAGCUCUGUCUGCCGCAACCCAGUUCAUCAAAAUCAAUGACUACUCCCAGAAUACCCAGAUCCAGGUUCUGCCAGCGGGGGGCGAGACCACCCUUUUCAAGCAGUUCUUCUUCAACUGGUUGGACAAGGACGAGACCACCGGGCCGAGCGAGGCCUACGUCAUCGGUCGCAUUGCCAACGUGGAGCAGAUUCCCUUCGACGCCUCCAAACUCCAUGAAGAUGACAACAUGGCCGCCCAGCACGGCAUGGUGGAUGAUGGCUCCGGGGAAGUCGAGAUCUGGCGCGUGGAGGGAGGGGAUAAAGUACCUGUGGAACCAUCCACCUACGGACAGUUCUAUGGUGGCGACUGCUACUUGGUGCUGUACUCCUACAACACCGGAAGCAGAGAUAAGCAUAUCAUCUACACCUGGCAAGGGAAUAAGUGCACAAAGGAUGAACUGACUGCUUCAGCCUUCCUCACGGUCCAACUGGACGACUCCAUGGGUGGAGCAGCGACCCAGAUUCGUGUCACUCAGGGCCAAGAACCCCCCCAUCUUGUGAGCCUGUUUCAAGGCAACCCUUUGCUGGUCCACCUGGGCGGGACGUCCCGCGGCUCUGGCCAGAGCGAGUCCGGCAGCGAACGUCUUUUCCACAUCCGCCGGAGCUCCACCAAAGCCACGCGGGCUGUUGAGGUGGCGCCCACUGCCACCUCUCUCAACACCAACGAUGUGUUUGUGCUGAAGUCGCCAAGUUCCCUGUUCGUGUGGAAGGGAAAGGGAGCGACGGAGGAGGAGCUGACUGCGGCCGGCUAUGUUGUCGAGGUGCUUGGAGGAGAUGUCACUGAAGUGGAGGAGACCGAGGAGUCAGCUGAUUUCUGGCAAGCACUGGGUGGGAAGAAGGACUACCAGACCUCCUUGGCCCUGCAGAACACAGUCAAGCCUCCGAGGCUGUUCGGCUGCUCAAACAAGACCGGCUGUCUGAUCGCCGAAGAGGUGCCCGGUGAGUUCACACAGAUGGAUUUGGCAUCCGAUGAUGUCAUGAUUCUGGACACCUGGAAUCAGAUCUUCGUUUGGGUUGGAAACGAUGCCAAUGAGACAGAGAAAGCGGGAUCAUCCAAGAUUGCGGAACAAUAUGUGGAGUCGGACCCCUCUGGGCGUAGUAGCGGAGUCCCCAUCGCCACCAUUAAACAAGGGAACGAGCCACUCUCCUUUACCGGCUGGUUCCUUGCCUGGGACCCUGACAUGUGGGACCAAGAUUUUCUGAAGAGCCUGCAAGAGCGUCUCGCAAAGCACUAGUGGAAAAAAAAUCUGAGUUCAAACUAUAACCAACCUGUCCCUAUUGUGCGCAUGGCAUGUUUUCUCUGUAUGUAUUCAGCACAGAAACGUAUAAUUCCACACGCACACUAUCUACAAUAAAUAAGCAUGGAAGGAA